AUGUUACGUGCAAACAUCAGAGCCCCUGUUCGCUCCUUGUACACCUCAGUGUUGGAGUCGGACAUAAACAUUUCCCGUAACGGAAAGGUCCAUGUGGCCAGCGGUCCUGGCGGUCGUUCUUCCAGAACUGGCUACACUGCUACAGUCUUUGGAGCCUCUGGUUUCUUGGGCCGUUAUGUUACAUCCAAAUUGGCUAGACAUGGUACCACCACUGUUGUUCCAUUCAGAGACGAUAUGAAAAAAAGAUUUUUGAAAGUCACUGGUGACUUGGGUGUGGUGAACUUUGUGGAGUUUGACGGUAGAAACUUGCACUCCAUCGCCGAGUCUGUCCAGCAUUCUGAUAUUGUCUUCAACUGUCUUGGAGCUGACUACAACACUAAGAACUUCUCCAUGGCCGAUGUUAACAUCGAGCUCACCCGUCGUAUUACCCAAGCGGUCAAGGAUGCCGGUAACCCAAGAUACGUUUACGUCUCCUCCUACAAUGCUAACCCUGCCUCGGAGUCCGUGUUCUACGCCACCAAGGGUAUUGCUGAGCAAGUUGUCAGAGAUAUCUUGCCUGACUCCACUAUUGUCAGACCUGCUCCUAUGUACGGCCGUGAGGACAACUUGUUGAACUAUUUGGGUCCAAAGUUGAAGAUGUGGACUCCAAACAAGAACGCCAAGGAGAUCUGGCCAGUUCAUGUGCUCGAUGUGGCCCACGGUCUUGAGAGAAUUGGUUACGAUGACUCCACCGUUGGUCAAACCUACGAGUUGUAUGGACCUGAGAAAUUGUCUUUCAAGGAGAUCAGAGAAAUGGUUCACGGUAUUACUCAGGACUUCUCUCAGGUUGGGCCAUUCUCAUACAGCUUUGCCGACUACCAGAUUCCAUUGUCGUUGGCCAAGUUCGUCGCUCAGUUGAAGCAGUACGUAUACUGGAAGCAAACUAACCCAGACCAGGUUCAAAGACACUUGAUCAACCAGGUGAUUGACCCUUCUGCCAAAACUUUCGCUGACUUGGGCAUUUACAAGACCGACCAGUUGGCCGAUGUUAUUUUCUCUUACGUGAAGCACUGGAGACAUCCAUUGAUCGCUCAGCAGGGUGCCCCAUCGAAGAAGGAGACCAACAGAUUGCGUGAAAUGGAGCACUUCACCUAA